AUGUUUCAAUCAUUCACGGGGAACUCUCGCCGUCCACGGCAGGUCAAUCUCGGGGGCCGCAAUACGAAUCCCUUCGCUGCUUACCCUCCCGGUAGACACUCUGCACCUGCUCCAGGUCCACAGAAUACUCUUGCAAUCGCGCAACAAGAACGACUUCUCAGACAGCAGGAGAGGGAGCGGUUGGGGGCGACUCGGAAGAUACAACGGACAUGGCGGGGUUAUUCAAGCAGAAAGAUAACCCACAACACAUGGCGGACCGAGUGGGAUACAGCUGAGCGACAGAGAACUGGGGCCUCCCUACCAUUUGAGGACAAGGCUGGUUAUCGUGAAGAUAAUUUCAAAGCUUCGAUGCCGUAUGGAACAGCGGCCGAAUGCUUGUCACAGUUGCGGCAUCUGGUCCAGUUUUUGGAACCCUGGAAUUCCAAAGAUAUCAUUCGCCUGGUAUACUAUUCAAAUGUCUUCCAAAUGACGUUGCGGGAGGUACCCACGAUCGCAACUGAGGGGGAGUGGAUGACUCUGCUGAAGCGCCUUGCGAAGUUAACCCUGCGCGUGCUACGCUCAGCAACAUCUUCUGUGGUGCCCGACUUUGCAGUGGCCUAUCUUGUCCAGUUGCUGGUUUUUCUUACAAACCUGAUCCCCAGGCAGAUGGCUCGCAUAGCUCAAGAUUACUAUUCUGUUAUGGCAAUCAUCACGAGAAACAUGGAAUCUUUGUCUCAAAGAUGUCAUCUAUCCCAGGAUACCCUAGUCCAAAGCGUCCUUGCUCCUCUGCAGCCUAUCACUUCGGAGACCCUUACCGCUUACGAGUGGUUUGCCAGAAGCUAUCUCACCAUUCCCAACCUUUCAGCGUAUCUCGGAACGCUUGAUCUGUUAGCGAAUAACAUUAAUUACAAACUGUUGAUAUCUGCCCUGGGACCUCUGCAUUCUCAAUUCCAAGAGCGACCACACACUGCUGUGGACAUGGAUGCACGUCUCUGGCUUCUGGCGUAUGUCAUUUACUUCCACCAAUAUGCCCUGGGGACUCAGGCUGGUCACCAAGCACCGGAGCCGGAGUUCGUGAAGAUAGUUUCUGAACUCCUCAAUUCUACAGCCGUGCAUCUGUCGCGGCGCCUAGAGGCGGAUGAUGCUGUGGAUGGUGACGGCCCAGAGGAGACGCCGCUGCACCCCUUUAUCAAAGAACAGAUAUCCAGCCUUGUGAACCAGGGCAGGAUUACAGGCCUUCUGUCACAACUUCAGUCGGCGCAUCUUUCGCAAGGCGAGCUGGCAGAUUCCGACUCGGACGCAUCCAAAGAGGCCAAGAUUCUUGCUACUUACGCGCUGACCCUCUUGAGGGUAUUUCCUCGUCGCGGAGAUGAUAUUCGCAUGUGGCUUUAUCUAGGCUCAGCUACUUCUGGAGACCAGGGAGCAGGUCAUCCAGGCCCGCGGAUUCCCGCUAUAAAAUACUUUUGGCACGCGUCGCGAUCGAGCCGAAUUUUCAGCAAAAUUAGCCAGGACUCUACCAAGGUGCUUCCUUUCCUGAAACCAGCUGCAGAAGCAGCGGCCUCCGGAGUAUCAAUGUCCCAAGUUGAGCGGGAUGAGGAGUGGACCAUUAUUCUUCUUUUCCUUGAGCUCUAUACUUUCGUUUUGAAAGUGAUGGAUGAUGACGAGUUCUUCUCCAGCCAGUCUUCGUUCACUGCUUCCUCCAACACUCGGGUCUCGUGGACCAAGGAGAGUGCGUUGCCGUUGAAAGACAUCAAAGAUAUGACAGUGUUUCUCAAGAAUCUGGCAUUCACGCUCUACUGGAAUUCGGCCGACUUGAAUGAACGGGAAGCACCACAGGAAAAUGCGGGCAUCCAAAGCUACUUUACUUCCGUUGCCCCAUCCUCCGACCCCAUCACAAGUGUCAAGGAUCUUGAAUUGCGAAACAAGGAGAAGGGCCUUCCCGGAGUCACCGGGAUCCCACUGGACUACUUCAAAGGUCUCGUGACAGGUCUUUUGAGAAUGAUCCACGAGCGCGAUUCAAGACGCAAGUUUCUUCCUGAUGGGCAUUGGUUGAUGACCAAUCGCUUCGAUAUGGAAGGCUUCAUCCCUGCUGUCGUGGCGGAGGAAGAGAAUCGGCAUCAGCUGCAGGAUGAGGACGAGGAGGAAGACCAAACCGAUUGGAUGAGAGAUGACGAAUAUGAGCCUACUUCGGGCCUCAUUGGGACUGGCCGUGUGCAACAGGCGCGUCGUAUCGAGGCUCUUAGGCGACGCCAGCAACAGGCCGCGCGCAGAAAGCAGCUUGAAGCCGUGGCGCCAAGACUAGAGAUUCUGAGGAAUAUGCCGUUCUUUAUUCCCUUUGCCACACGAGUUCAAAUCUUCCGCGAAUUCAUAUACCGCGACCAGAUGCGCCGAAGACAGGGAUUUAUUGACCCGGAUGCGUGGCGGAUGUCAGUCGCUCAGGCUUCCAUGGGACGCAUGAUCGAUGGCCGACCUGCAGCCCAAGACAUACUGAGCCGCCACCACGCCAACAUCAGACGUGAGAGCGUAUUCGAGGAUGCAUUUGAACAGUUCUACGAGCUAGGCGAAGGUCUGAAGGAGCCAAUCCAGAUCAGCUUCAUUGACAAAUUUGACACGGUGGAAGCGGGAAUUGACGGGGGCGGUGUGACUAAAGAGUUUCUCACCAGUGUCACCACCGAAGCUUUCAAGGCAGGAAGCGGGCCGAAGUUGUUUGAAGAGAACGACCAGCAUUUGCUCUACCCGAAUCCUGCCGCGGUUGAGCAGCGACGAGAAGCCCUGCGGCAGCUCGGCUUUGUGGAGAAUAGCCCGGAGUGGAAUGAACGCGUUCGAGACUUGCUGAGACGGUAUGAAUUCUUGGGUCGGAUCAUCGGAAAAUGUCUAUACGAGGGGAUACUCGUAGAUGUUAAUUUUGCGCCCUUCUUCCUAUUGAAAUGGGCUCUGACGGGGGGCGUGGGAUCGGCGCAGCGAGAAACGGCCUACCGCGCCAAUCUGAACGACCUGAAGGAUCUGGAUCAGGGGUUGUAUCAGGGACUGUUGCAAUUGAAGAACUACCCUGGCGAUGUCGAAGACUUUGCCUUGAAUUUCACCGUCUCCGAUACCAUCCCUCUUCCGGACGGAGGCAGUCGCACGGUCACGCGAGAUCUGAAGAGCCAUGGGUCGGACAUCGCGGUGACGAACCAGAACCGUCUUGUGUACAUCUCUUACAUUGCCCGAUAUCGUCUGCAAGUGCAACCUGCACUCCAGACACAUGCUUUUCUCCAAGGCCUGGGCCACAUUAUCCAGCCCUCAUGGUUAUCGAUGUUCAACCAGGCGGAAUUGCAGACAUUGGUCAGCGGGGAAUCGGGCGACAUCGACGUAGCGGACCUGAGACGCAACACGCUGUAUGGAGGAGUCUAUACCAUCGGCGACGACAAAGAAGAGCAUCCGACAGUCAAGCUCUUCUGGGAAGUCAUGGAGAAGAUGUCGAACGAGGAGCGACAGAAAGUGCUGCGCUUUGUGACGUCCACCCCCCGGGCUCCCUUGCUGGGAUUUAGCCACCUGAACCCGCGUUUCAGCAUCCGGGACUCGAGUGAAGACCAAGAGCGUCUACCUAGUACGAGCACCUGCGUCAACCUCCUCAAACUGCCCCGAUAUUCCAGCGCCAAGGUUCUCCGGGAGAAGCUGCUCUAUGCGAUCAACUCGGGAGCGGGCUUUGAUCUCAGUUAA